CGCAUGCGCAUCGUGGUAGACACCACACUUGCGUCACGAUACCAGACCGAGACUCGAUACGGAAAGAGGCAUCGCACGGACGGAUAGAGAGGCAGCAGACCUGGUGGCUGGAGCCUAAAAUAAUGGACGUUUCAACAUUAAUGCUAUAAGAGGCGAGAGCGGUGUUUAAGUACCACCUCGACCAUGCACUCCUUUGUCUACGGAAUCAUGUCCCUGGUUUGGCUGUCUUCAAGCGGGGGCGGAGCGGAGCUCGCCCCCCCGGUGAACCUGACCCUAAUCACCAUGAACACCCACUUCAACCUGAGCUGGAGCCAGGGCGCCCGCCACCGUGGGGCCAACGUCAGCUUCUCGGUGCAGUACGUGCCGUCGUUCAAGCUGUCGAUGCCGGGCACCCAGUGGUUGACGGCGUGUGAGAACACGCCCCACACCUGGUGCGACCUGACACCCAGGAAGCUGUACUUCCAGGCCAUCUACACGCUGCGUGUCCGCACCCACCGCGGACCGCUGCGCUCCGGCUGGGUCCUCAAGGAGUUCUGCGCUGACAAGGAGGCGGCCCUGGGCCCUCCGUCCAGGGUUGACCUGGCCCCCGCGGGAGCCCUGCUCAACGUGACGAUCUGGGACCCCCGGAGCAGCACCAAUGGCUCCAUGAAGGAGCUGUACCCCAGGAUGUACUACCGGGUGGUGUACUGGGAGCACUCCGACACUCGGAGCCCAGACACUGUGGUGGUGGACACUCACGUGAACACGGUGAUCCUCCCCGACCUGCGGGCCUGGACCUGGUACUGCGUCUGCGUCCAGUCGCGAUACGACUUCUACAGCAAGACCUCCGCCUUCACAACCCCACACUGCAUGCAGACGGAAGGCGCGGUGCCCUGGUGGCAGAUCCUGCUGAUCUUCUCCCUCUCUGGGCUGGUGGGCUUCGUGGGUCUCCUGGUGCUUCUAUACUCCGGCCUGUACUGCUACCGCACCGCCAAGGACACGCUGUUCCCCGCAGUGACGCUGCCGCCUCACUUCCAGGCCUACCUCAUGGACUUGUCCCCUGGCUCGGACGCCCCGCGACUGCUCACCCCGGACUCUGAGUCUGAGCUGACCUGUGAUAGGCUGAGCAUCUGUCCCCAGGUGGUUCCUCUGGAGGUCCACCUGCCCCCGCUGUCUGCUUCCACAGCGCCCCCUUCAGGCCUGGAGGCAGAUGCAAGGCACAAUCGGCAGGACAGCGGUGGGAGCGGAGACUCUGGGGUCUACUCCACGGAGGGGGGCUCGGGCCCCCCGCGCCACUGCAGCCACGACCUCCCCUCGCUGGGCACCGAGGAGCCCUGGGACGGGGGGUCCAUCGCGCUCCUGGAGCAGGUCAGCCUGGAGCAGGUCAGCCUGGACCACAGGGGCCUGAAGGCUGAGGCGGCGGGCCCCUGGGGCGUGAGGGACGAGGGCAUCAUGGACAUGGGCGUCUGAGAAGGACAGAGGAGAGGAAAUGGAGCAGACAGCAGGGCCUUGCUAAUGGUCAGUGAUGCAGAGAAGAUCUCCCUCCAACUUAGAAAACACUGUAUGGGAGUUAAAGACUAAGCUAGGGGACUCCUGUGGAAAUGGAUCCCUUUGUCCACCUGCUGAUCAGACAGAAGACCAUGUUUGUUGUUUUUUUUUAGGUGGUUUAAUCAUUUUGAACCAUCUCCCUUUUUCAUGAUCUUUGGCAAAGUACUUUCUGUGAAUGGCGCGAUUACUACCACAGCAUCCAUAGCAGAGAAAAUCAAACUGCAAUGAGCCGAAGUGAUCGUUGAAAGAAUAAGGCACCAUCAUAAGCAGCACAUAGAUGUGUUGAUGCUAAUACUGCCUUCUCUGUUGAGCUCAUAGGUAAACCCCAAAAGCACUUAAUUCAGGGGAACAAAGUUCCUUAUUUCUGUGGGAAAGUUCCUUAUUUUUCCACAAGGGAAAAAAAUGGAGAAAGUUGUCAAACUGUGGAAAUUCUCUUUAAAAUAUAAUAAGUGUGUUACUCUCGGCUAAGAGCAUUUCUAGAGUGGUCGUUUCCUAUUGACUGUUACACACUCGCUCUCAUGGAAUCACAUCUGGCCCUUUUCUAAAACCUUGACAACUGUCGUCAUUGAAAUCUGAAACUCCUACGCCACAUGCACACCCCCUACCCCCUUCUGCCCAAAAAACUAUUGUGUACGUGCGCAUCAUUACAUUAGCUCAGUAGGAAACAUAUGGAGAUUGAUGAUUGCUGUUCACUUGACCAUUAUUUAUACUAACAUUAAUUAUGUAAAUGAAUUGAUUAAAGAGAACUACAGCUGGUCGCAGCCCAAACAUCUGGGGGAGAGGCUGAGGCAGAAGACUCUACUUUGGGGGAACUAUCUUGCUUCCAUUACAAAAUGUGUCAAUUGUUUUGGUCUGAAUCUGAAUUGUCAAACUUUUAGUUGAUGUGGAAUGUACAUUGUGUGUUUAUCCAGAACUGUGUUUGAAGGGAGAACGUAAAACUGAUUGUGAAUACAUUUCUACUCAUUGGCGAUUCUUAUAGAAUCUUAAAUCGUAUACAUAAACGUAUGUUUAUCGUUUCCCAUCCUGACCUUUUUUUUCAAUGUCGAUUUUUCUUGAUUUUGUCUUGGCUUUACUCAUCAAAAUGAAAGAACAUUCAGUUA